AUGAGCAUAUUCGGCCAGCAGAAUAGCGGUCUAGAUGCCGUCAUUAAACAGUUUCGGACAGGAUUUUGGCAACAAUUCCUGAACAAACCGUGCAUUUUCUUCGCACGAAUACUAUACACAUGGUGCGAGAAGAUUCCCGCCCAACCGCUCAGCGACCCGGUGUCGAUUAUUUGCAUCUCCGACACGCAUAACACCCAACCAAUAUGCCCAGAUGGGGACAUCCUUAUCCAUGCCGGAGACUUGACCCAGUCCGGCUCUUUUGAAGAGACGCAGAAUGCCUUGGAUUGGAUUCAAGCACAGCCACACGCGACGAAGAUUGUUGUCGCGGGCAACCAUGACCUUCUUCUUGAUUCGUGUCAAGACCCAGUGUCUCGAAAAGCGGAAACGGCCGAAGCAGAGCGACAAAUGCUCGACUGGGGUGAUAUUAUCUAUCUCGAAAACUCAGAAACAACUGUUGUCUGUGCUAAUGGUCGCCGGCUGCGUAUCUACGGUAGUCCGCACUCACCGCGGCACGGAACGCCAGGGUUCCAGUUCCCACGCUCUAAGGAUAUCUGGACGAAUACUAUUCCAAAGGAUAUCGAUGUACUUGUGACACAUUGUCCACCACGCGGACAUCUUGAUGGACUUCAGCUGGGCUGUGUUCAUCUUCUGCGGGAGGUGUGGCGUGUGCGCCCUCGGGUUCAUGUAUUUGGGCAUAUUCAUGAAGGAAUGGGAACCGAGUGGGUGAAUUUUGAUGGGUUGCAAAGGGAAUUUGAAAACACUAUUCUGUCUGGAGGAGGAGUUUUGAAUCUCCUAUGCGUGUUUCUAGAGUUCGUCAAAGCGUCUUUGCGUCCGGAUGUUGAGGCGACGGGGUUGUUCGUGAAUGCGUGUAUGGUUGGAGGACUGCGGGAUGAAGAACGUCGAGAUCCGAUUAGAGUAAUGAUUUAA